AUGGCCCCCGCCUGGGGCCGCCUGCACCCCGCGCUCUGGGUCGUCACGGCCGUGGCGGCGGCGGCCACCAGCGUGUCCGCGGCACGCGGCGAAGUGAACUUGCUGGACACGUCGACUAUCCACGGGGACUGGGGCUGGCUCACGUAUCCGGCUCACGGGUGGGACUCCAUCAACGAGGUGGACGAGUCCUUCCGGCCCAUCCACACGUACCAGGUGUGCAACGUCAUGAGCCCCAACCAGAACAACUGGCUGCGCACCAGCUGGGUGCCACGCGACGGCGCCCGGCGCGUCUACGCCGAGAUCAAGUUCACCCUGCGCGACUGCAACAGCAUGCCUGGCGUGCUGGGCACCUGCAAGGAGACCUUCAACCUCUACUACCUGGAGUCAGACCGCGACCUGGGCGCCAGCACACAAGAGAGCCAGUUCCUCAAAAUCGACACCAUCGCAGCCGACGAGAGCUUCACGGGCGCGGACCUGGGCGUGCGGCGCCUCAAGCUCAACACGGAGGUGCGCGGCGUGGGCCCACUCAGCAAGCGUGGCUUCUAUCUGGCCUUCCAGGACAUCGGGGCCUGCCUCGCCGUGCUGUCCCUGCGCAUCUACUACAAGAAGUGCCCCACCAUGGUGCGCAACCUGGCUGCCUUCUCGGAGGCGGUGACAGGGGCCGACUCAUCUUCGCUGGUGGAGGUGCGGGGCCACUGUGUGCGGCACUCAGAGGAGCGGGACACGCCCAAGAUGUACUGCAGUGCGGAGGGCGAGUGGCUGGUGCCCAUUGGCAAGUGCGUGUGCAGUGCCGGCUACGAGGAGCGGCAGGAUGCCUGUGUGGCCUGUGAGCUGGGCUUCUACAAGUCAGCCCCCGGGGACCAGCUCUGUGCCCGCUGCCCUCCCCACAGCCACUCGGCGGCCCCGGCCACCCAGGCCUGUCGCUGUGACCUCAGCUACUACCGCGCAGCCCUAGACCCGCCGUCAGCAGCCUGCACCCGGCCGCCCUCGGCACCAGUGAAUCUGAUCUCCAGUGUGAAUGGGACAUCUGUGACCCUGGAGUGGGCCCCUCCCCUGGACCCCGGUGGCCGCAGCGACAUCACCUACAAUGCUGUGUGCCGCCGCUGCCCCUGGGCGUUGGGCCGCUGUGAGAAGUGUGGGAGCGGCACCCGCUUCGUGCCCCAGCAGACAAGCCUGGUGCAGGCCAGCCUGCUGGUGGCCAACUUGCUGGCGCACAUGAACUACUCCUUCUGGAUCGAGGCCGUCAAUGGCGUGUCAGACCUGAGCCCUGAGCCCCACCGGGCCGCGGUCGUCAACAUCACCACGAACCAGGCAGCCCCGUCCCAGGUGGUGGUGAUCCGCCAGGAGUGGGCAGGCCAGACCAGCGUCUCGCUGCUGUGGCAGGAGCCUGAACAGCCCAACGGCAUCAUCCUGGAGUACGAGAUCAAGUACUAUGAGAAGGACAAGGAGAUGCAGAGCUACUCCACCCUCAAAGCUGUCACCACCAAGGCCACCGUCUCGGGCCUCAAGCCGGGCACCCGCUACGUGUUCCAGGUCAGAGCCCGCACCUCGGCAGGCUGCGGCCGCUUCAGCCAGGCCAUGGAGGUGGAGACCGGGAAACCCCGUCCCCGCUACGACACCAGGACCAUCAUUUGGAUCUGCCUGACACUCAUCACCGGCCUGGUUGUGCUUCUGCUCCUGCUCAUCUGCAGGAAGCGGCACUGUGGCUACAGCAAGGCCUUCCAGGACUCGGACGAGGAGAAGAUGCACUAUCAGAACGGGCAGGCACCUCCGCCUGUCUUCCUGCCCCUGCACCGCCCCCCGGGGAAGGUCCUGGAGCCCCAGUUCUAUGCAGAACCCCACACCUACGAGGAGCCAGGCCUGGCGGGUCGUGGUUUCACCCGAGAGAUUGAAGCCUCCAGGAUCCACAUUGAGAAAAUCAUCGGCUCCGGAGAGUCGGGGGAAGUCUGCUACGGGCGGCUGCGGGUGCCGGGUCAGCGGGACGUGCCUGUGGCCAUCAAGGCCCUCAAAGCUGGCUACACAGAGAGACAGCGGCGGGACUUUCUCAGUGAGGCGUCCAUCAUGGGGCAGUUUGACCACCCCAAUAUCAUCCGCCUUGAAGGGGUCGUCACACGUGGCCGCCUAGCAAUGAUCGUGACCGAGUACAUGGAGAACGGCUCUCUGGACACCUUCCUGAGGACUCACGACGGGCAGUUCACCAUCACGCAGCUGGUGGGCAUGCUCAGGGGCGUGGGCGCCGGCAUGCGCUACCUCUCAGACCUGGGCUACGUCCACCGUGACCUGGCCGCCCGCAACGUCCUGGUUGACGGCAACUUGGUCUGCAAGGUGUCUGACUUCGGGCUCUCGCGGGUGCUGGAGGACGACCCCAAUGCCGCCUACACCACCACGGGCGGGAAGAUCCCCAUCCGCUGGACAGCCCCUGAGGCCAUUGCCUUCCGGACCUUCUCCUCGGCCAGUGACGUGUGGAGUUUCGGCGUGGUCAUGUGGGAGGUGCUAGCCUAUGGGGAGAGGCCCUACUGGAACAUGACCAACCGCGACGUCAUCAGCUCUGUGGAGGAGGGGUACCGCCUGCCGGCACCCAUGGGCUGUCCCCGCGCCCUGCACCAGCUCAUGCUCGACUGUUGGCACAAGGACCGGGCUCAGCGGCCUCGCUUUUCCCAGAUUGUCAGCAUCCUUGAUGCGCUGACCUGCAACCCUGAGAGUCUCAGGGCCACAGCCACUGUUAGCAGGUGUCCAGCCCCCAGCUUUGCCCAGAGCUGCUUUGACCUCCGUGGGAGCGGGGGUGGCAGUGGCGGCCUCACUGUGGGGGACUGGCUGGACUCCAUCCGCAUGGGCCGCUACCGGGACCACUUUGCUGCAGGUGGUUACUCGUCUCUGGGCAUGGUGCUUCAGAUGAACGCCCAGGACGUGCGUGCCCUGGGCAUCACCCUCAUGGGCCAUCAGAAGAAGAUCCUGGGCAGCAUCCAGACCAUGAGGGCGCAGCUCACCAGCACCCAGGGGCCCCACCGGCACCUCUGACCAACCCACACCAGCCCUGGGUCCUGCCAGCUAUCGGAGGAUUUGCAGGGAUGGCCAGUGGUCUGGGCAGCCCCUGCUCCUUGGCUGCCUUCCUGUCAGGUGCCCAUGAGGCCGAGGACUGCCCGCCAGGACCUGGAGUUGUCAGGGUUGGGCCACCUGCAGAGGGACCUUCGGUGCCCAGCAUGGCUGGGUUUCCUGUCCCCAGAGCAGGGGGCCUUCUAUUUCCCAGAUGUAGGGGCCUCAACGCCACUGAGCCCAACGGAGACAUCAGUCACCUGCUUGUGUGUGCAUCUACCCGCCGGGUCCCAGCGUGGAUGUGUGCCAGUUAGGGCACGCGUGCUCAUCCACUAAGACUGGGACACGUGUACACGUGACUGUAGGUGGCGUGUCAUGGGUGAGGAUGGCGUCACAAGCCUGUGAGCAGGGCCCUCCGUGUGAUACUGCCCACAAAUGUGGGUCCAGGCCCCGGCGCCCACCAGGACUGCAGUGAGGCUCAGACCCACCUCCCCCUGCCUGGAGGCUGGAGCCAAAGGCCACCUCUGAACCCGCACCAGCACCAGGCCCGCCCUCGUCUCCUGCCCCCGACCCGGGCGAGCCAGCUCCCGGCUCUAUCUCAGGUCCCAGCCCUCCCUCCAGCUGGUGGGGGGCCGCCUGCAGCCUCCACCUGGCUUCUACCACUGCUUCAACGGGAAAACAGGGUUCCCGGCCAGCGCCCCUGGCCGCCUCAGUAUGUACCACAGGGUACAGGAGAUGCCCGCAACUGGACUCGGCUGCCUGGCUAGGGGCCCGGAGCCACCGCAUUUCCUCUAGUCUCUGAUGCCUGCCUCAGCCCAGGGCUCCUCUCUUGGGAGUCCCUCUGCCCCCCUCACUGCCCCCCAGCCCCACGCCUGGAAUCAGGGACCAUAGGAUCCUAGCUUUGGAGCCCCAAGCACCGCUCCUGCACCAUUGGGGCACCCCCGGGGAGUGCGCAGGUCUUGUCCAAGGUCACAGAGCAGCCAAGUUUCUGAGCUGCACCUGCUCCCAGGGCUUUUUCCCCUGCACCAUCCCACAGGGACAGCUGUGGGUGGGAGGGCGCUUUGAACCCGCCCCCGCCCCCACCCCCGUCAGAGACCGACCCUCUCCC